CCCGGGCCCCAUAAGCUCGGUGGCGAAACUUUGACGCCUUCUAUUUAAAGUCUCGGGGCUAGCCCGCCCCCGGGGACGGGAACCCGAGCCGCCCGCUGGGGCAGGGCAGGGCCGGGCCGGGGCUAGAGACGCAGUCAGAGGGAGAACACCAGGCGCGCGCGGGCGGCUCCGGCUCCAGCUCCAGCUCCGGCUCCGGCUCCGGCCCGGCAGAGGCACGAUGGCGAGCACCGACAGCACCUACGCCGCGGAGAGCCCCCUCGGCUCCGACGGGGACGAGGAGGCCCCCCGAAGGCUGGAGAGCGACGAGGAGUCGGAGAGCGAAGAGGACGAGACGGCCGCGGAGUCGGAGGAGGAGCCGGACGCCAGAUUAUCAGACCAGGAUGAAGAGGGCAAGACCAAGCAGAAGUGUAUCAUAUCUGACCCCUCCUUUUCCAUGGUGACAGUUCAACGGGAAGAUAGUGGAAUAACCUGGGAGACCAAUUCAAGCAGGUCUUCCACUCCUUGGGCCUCGGAAGAGAGUCAGACUUCUGGUGUGUGUAGUCUGGAGGGGUCAACUAUGAAUUCUCCUCCAGGGAAUGUUUCCUUUAUUGUGGAUGAAGUUAAAAAGGCCCGGAAAAGAAUGCCCAAGUCAAAGCGUGGCUCACCAUCACUGCGUCGGAAAGGCAACAAAAAAAGAAAUUCUCUUGAAUCUCAAGAUGUUCCAGCAAACACAAAAGAUAAUCCUUUGAUUUCAGAAAGCCAGGUACUAAGCACCCAGAAAGAGAAGUCCUUUGCUGGCAUAUACGAUAAAACGAGAAAAAAGAAGACCACCUCAAAUACACCUCCUAUUACCGGGGCAAUAUACAAAGAACACAAGCCCUUAGUGUUAAGGCCAGUCUAUAUAGGAACAGUACAAUAUAAAAUUAAGAUGUUUAAUUCGGUUAAAGAAGAAUUAAUUCCGCUACAAUUUUAUGGAACAUUGCCAAAGGGUUAUGUAAUUAAAGAAAUACAUUAUAGGAAGGGGAAAGAAGCAUCCAUUAGUCUAGAGCCAGAUAUGAGCAAUCGUGAUUCUAAUAUAGUUUCUCAAACAGGGAGAUUAGUAGGCCAAAGCAUAGAAGAUGAUAAAGUAAAACAGCUUGCUUCACCCUGGAAAGCUGCGUUCUCUAAAGGAUCAGAGUCCUUGAUCUCUUCAUUCCGUCAUGAAGAUGAAAAGAAAAUUUAUGUUGAUUCUCCACAAAAGGCCACAUCUGGCACCAACCACAUAGCUUCCUCUUUUGCAAGUAAUGACACAGCAGAACAGGAAAUACAGCUCAGUCCUCCUGAGUCAGUGCCACAACAGCCAGGUGAUGAAGCAAAACUCUGUGAAAUGGAGCCGUCCUCUCUCACACCUGAUACAUCUACACCUGGGUUUUUGGAAACAGCAAAGGAAGAAUUUGAGCCUGAUUCACAAGAAAUUGUGACUUCAGAGCAUGAAUCUUCAGUCUUACCACCUUUAGUGGAUGAGGUAAAGAAGGAAGAUGUGUAUUCUGUUGACCAUUCCAUUUCACUGGAGGCAGAAAAGGAUUCUCUGGAAAUAGGUGCACCAGGUCUGGCAGCAUCCAUCGAGGAAGAUUUUGGCCCAGAGAUGGAAGAGCUGGACCUGACUUCACCAGAAAGGGCAGAACCAGUCUCUGAACAACAAAACCCUCCUCAUCUUGACAUCAAAGGAAUGGAAGAAGAAAAUGUACCUGAGCCAACCAUUUCUCUUUCUGAAUCUCUAGUGUUAGAUGAACCAAAGAAAGAAGUUGAAACUUCUCUGCCGAGAGCUGCUACACCUGAACCCAAAGAUUCUAAUUUAGCGGAAGAAGAGGUCAUAGAACUUGAAUACCCAGAGAGUCCAUCUAUUUCCAAGAAGCCCUUCUCGCCGUAUUUGGCCCCUGAAGUGGAGCAGAAAGAAGAGAUCCUUUUACCAUCACUGAAAACAUCCACCAGGAGUGACCAUGUCACUUCAUCUGAAGAAGAAAGAGAGGAAAAUGAAUCUGUUUCUACUGAUUCUGCUUUUGUAUCAGAGUAUUCAGUCCCACAGGAUUUGAACCAUGAACUAGAGAAGCAAGAAGUUGAGCUAGUUUCUCAAUCCACUAUAAAAGGUAUAUCUGAACAUCCAAUUUUUUCAGAAGAAGAGAAUGAGGAAUUUGAGCCUUUGGCCUCUGCAUCCGAGCGCUCUCUCUCACCAUCCACAACUGAGCAGACUUCUGAAUGCCAGUCCCCUCUCUUUUCUGCAGCUUUGUCAGAAAGCAUAGGCCUGUCCGGAGAAGAGGCUUCAGAAAGUGGAUGUUACACACCAGAUUCCAUAUCUGCUUCUGAGUAUUUAACUCCAUCACAGGCAACAAAAGAGUCACCGAUGAAAACAGUUGACCAUAAAUCCCCAUUAAAAUCAAAAGGUGUUUCUGAACACGUGAUUCCAUCAGAGGAGAAAGAAGACACUGGACCAUAUUCCUUAGAUGUGGCUUCUGCAUCUGAGCGCUCUUUCUCACCAUCCGCAGCUGAGCAGACUUCUGAAUGCCAGGCCCCAUUGUUUUCAACUGCUAUGUUGGAACAGGCAGUCAUGUCAGAAGAAGAGGAUCAAGGAAGUGAGCGUUUCGCAGCAGAUUCAACCCUGACUUCCCAAAAUGCAGUUCCACCAAAUGCAACACAGGAACCUCCAAAGAAAAUAAUUGAUGAUGUGUCCUUAUUAAAAUCAAAAGAUGUUUCUGAGCAUAUGACUUUCUCAGAAGAAAAGAAGGAAAGCACUGGAUUGUAUUCCCCAAAUGUGGCCUCUGUUUCUGAACAUUCUCUCCCACCAUCCACAGCUGAGCAGACUUCUGAAUGCCAAGGCCCACUGUUUCCAACCCCUACACUAGAACAAGCAGUGAUGUCAGAAGAAAAGGAUCUAAGAAGUGAGCGUUUCGCAGCAGAUUCAACCCUGACUUCCCAAAAUGCAGUCCCAACAAAUGUAACACAGGAAUCCCCAAAGAAAAUAAUUGAUGAUGUGUCUCCAUUAAAAUCAAAAGGUAUUUCUGAGCACAUGAUUUUGUCAGAAGAAAAGGAAGACACUGGAUUGUAUUCCCCAAAUGUGGCCUCUGUCUCUGAACACUCUCUCCCACCAUCCACAGCUGAGCAGACUUCUGGAUGCCAGGCCCCAUCAUUUGCAGCCACCGCAUCUGAGCAUGUGGUCCUAUCAGAGGAGACAGUAGAAAUAGAGCGGUACACACCCUCCUCCACCUCGACUUCUGAAUUUUCAGUACCACCACAUGCAACACUGGAAUCACAGGAGGAAGAAAUUGUCCACAGAUCCCCUUUAAAUCUAAAAGGUGCCUCCUCACCUGUGAAUUUCUCAGAAGAAGAGCAAGACAUUGGACCUUUUUCUCCAGACUCAGCAUUUGUGUCAGAAUUCUCAUUUUCACCCUAUGCAACUCAGGAAGCAGAGAAAAGAGAACUUGAAUGUGAUUCUCCAAUAUGUUUAACAUCACCAUCUGAGCAUACUAUUUUGUCAGAUGAAGACACUGAGGAAGUUGAACUUUUUUCUCCAGACUCAGCAUCACAAGUUUCAAUCCCACCAUAUAGAAUCCCAGAAACAAAGAAAAAUGAAUUUGAGCAUGAUUCACUGGUAACUAAAAUAUCAGCUUCUGGAUAUUCUUGCCCUUCAGAAGCAGAUAAAGAAGACCUCAUGCCAACUGCUGCCACACCCACACCUGAGCACCUUGGUUCAUCACAGAAGCAACAAGCCAAAACUUCUCCUUCAAUGUCUGCUUCUAAAGAUUUGAUUUCACCAUCUUCAACAAAUAAAAGAGAGAUCACAGAAGUUGAGCCAGAUGCUCAAACAAUCUCAACAUCUAUAUCUGAAUAUCUCAUUUUGACACAGCAGCAGAGAACUCAAGCAUUUUCAGAACCUGAGUCUGAAGACUUGAUUUCACCAUAUUCAACCAGUGAAACAGAGAAGGGAGAAAUCCAGACUAGUUCAUCAGUAGCUGCAACACCUGUUUUUUCACCUGCACAAUCAUUUAUGGCAAAGGAAGAUGCCAAACCUGUUUUGCAUUCAUCUCAAUAUUCAGCUUCACCUGAUUCAGUCCAUGAAUUUCAGAAAGAACAAGAAGCCAAAGCAUCACUCACUCCAAAAGCUGCAAAUGAACAGAUGGCUUUGUUAAAAGUUAAAAGUAAGGAAGAAACUGUGCCUGAUUCUCAAGAAGCUACAGCACAUGUAUUACGGGAUCAAGAAAUGGAGCUUCAGCCUCCAAAUGUUCUAGGGUCUGGGAUGAAAUAUUCAGUUCUGCCUGACUUGGUAGAUGAGCCAAAGAAGGAUGUGAAACCCAAUUUAGCUCCAACUGUGACAUCUGAACUAGAACAGAGAAUGUUGUCAGAGAAGGAGCCUGAAGUAAUAAAACCAUAUUCACCUCUAAAGGACACAUCUUUAUCUGGACCUGAGAUCUUAUCAGCAGUAAAAAUGCAAGUGAAACACGACUCUGAAAUAGCUGGUACACCUAGAGUGUUGCAUUCAGUUCCAUCAGGAGUGCAAGAGGAAGCUAAACAUGGACCACCUGCCCCAGAAUUUUCAAAAGAAAUAAAGAAAGAAAUCGCACCCAGUUGUUCAAUAACCACAACAUCUAUAACUAAGCAUGAUUCAAGCUUACCCAAGUCAGGUAAAGAAGAAACUCCAACAGGUUUAUCUUUCACCACCCCUAUAGAACACCCAGUCUUAACAAAAGUAGAAAAGAAUGAGUUAGGAAGUGGCUUUCCAUCACUGGUGACAUGUAUAGAUGACCAUUCACUUCUUAAAGAAGAAAAGAUAGCAAGGAAAACUAGUUUUCCCACUGAAACUGCUGCAUCUGAACAUCCAGCUUGGUCAGAAGAGGAGAAAGAAAUUAAAUUUGAUUCGCCUGCAAGAAUAUCCUCUUUAUCAGAGCAUUCUUUGUCCAAGGUAGAAACUGAAGAAAUUAAACCUGGGUUGCCAAUAACCAAAGCCUCAUUGUCUCAGCAUUCAGAUGUAUCUAAGGAAGAGAGGGUGGAAAAUGAACAAGAUCGUUCCUUUUUUACAGUCCUUGACUCUGAACAACUGGUUUUAUCACAGAAAAAGACUUCUGUGUCUGCCUCAGAGGAAUCAGGGCCUGAACGUGUCCUUUUGCUCAACCAAGGUGGUGAGGUGAAGAAGAAAGAAACUGAACUUCCUUCCUCACCAAGCGUGUCAUCUGCACCCAAACAUAUAGUUCCAAAAGACAAAAAUAAGGAAAUUGGAAGUUCUUCUCCUGAGUUGGAAAAUUUAGUGUCAGCAGACUUAACUCUGACCCCCAGAGGUAAGAACAGAGAGAUAGGAGAGCCAUCUUCUACAGCUCAGGAAGAUUUCCUGUCAGAAAGACAAGAUCUUGCUCUGGCAGAGCUUUCAUUGAAACUUGAAAAGAAAGACAAACCACACCAAGUAUCAGAAUUACCAAGCACUGCGUCAGAAUUCACUCGUAGUUUAGGCGAGCAAGAUGGAUCCAUAGAUGCAAAACAAACAAAAUCUCCCAUAACCAAAACAGGAGAUUCUGUCUCUGAAAUUUCAGAGGUUUCAUCAUGCCUAAGGGAGGAACCUCAGAUUCAAGAAAUUAAAUCUUUCUCUCCCAAGGUAGUCAGCUUAAGGUCAAAAGAAACAUUGAUGCAUCUAGUUGAAGGAGACAGCCUCGAAGAACCUCAGCCACAUACCUUUUCUUUAAAAGGAUUAUCAGAGAAGUUGAACCAUUCGGCUGACAUUAAGAUAGGAGGAAAACAAGAAAUAAGCCCAUUACUAUCAACAGGAAAUUUGAAGACACAAGUGAUAGGAGACAUUGAAAGGAAACUAAGUGAAGAAACAGAUCAACCAGAUUCAUUCCGUGUGCCCCAGAGUGUAACAGAACCAUCAAAGAUGGUUUCUUCUGACCUUGUGGAACAAGAGAAGCCCGAAAAAACACUUCAUUCAGAUCAAGCUGUUAAGUUACCUGAUGUAAGUGGGUCUUUUGCAGAUAAACAAGGUCUAGGUGUUAAACAAUUUUCAUUUCUGAAAGAGAGUUUGCCUUUGGAAGAAUCAAAAUCAUUUAUCACAACUGAGCUUGCAGACAUUAAAGAAACACAAAUGCAAGAGGCUCUUUUUGUUCCCAAGAAUGAAAGCUGGAUGUUGGAAAAGCCAGAAAGGGAUCUGGCAAGUCAGCAGGAAGAAGGAAUACUGGAAUCUGUGGAGCUGGGUUCCUCCGGCAGUAAUGAUUUGAAGACAGGGCAUCUCAAGGCCGCUCUGCUGGAUAAAGACCAUACAUGUGAAACCAGAAAGCAGCUUCUGCCACAUUCUGCAGAAGAAUCUCCUUUAUCAUUAGGAAAGCCAGUAUGUACUCUCAGUACCUCCAGUGGUGACAUAGAGACCUUAUCAACUAAAACUUACUCUUCUGAAGAAACAAAGCUGGCUCCCAAACCAAAAUCUUUAGUUCCAACUAGAAAUGUAGAGAUAAAUGAAGCAGAGGAGAAGCAGAUUCUCCCUUCUGUGGGGAGUGAAAGUUUGAUACUGGAGAAAGCAACCCCAGACUCUUCAAGACCUUGCAAAGAAGGCAGCCAGGAAGAAAUCAAACCACUUUCUGAAAGAAUCCAUCAGAAACCAGUGUCUGAUCCAUCAGUGGGAGAGAUCAAAUCAGAAACUAUUCCCUCUCCCACCAAAGCAGCCCAGUUCCUGGCAGAAGAUGCAGAACCUGCGUUGGGCAAAGAAAAAGAAGCACACAGGAGUAUAUCUCCUUUACCUCGAGAGAAGCCAUUAGAAGAAGCAAAAGUCCUUCAGUCAAAGGUCGUAGAUGAUGUUAAUAAGAGAGGGAAGCCAGCAUCUGAGGUGAAAAUAUCCACACCAAUAGAACCCCUCUCCUCAAUGCAAGAAAAUGAAGAAUCUCAACUUGCAGAGCCACUUGAGGUGACACAAAAGUUGCCUAAGCAACAGAAGGUGGUUGAGCCAGGCCUUUCUGAGGAGAAAGGGAAGAAAGGAAUAUUAUCUUUCACAUCAUGGAUGUCCAGUUUGUUUUUUGGAUCAAGCACUCCAGAGAAGAAAGUUGCUGAAAAAGAUUUAGAAGCUCAACCAAGUCCAUCUGUAGAAAAAUCAUCACCUGUGACAGGGUCUGAAAGAACAGCUUCAGCUGACUCUAAUGCAACCGAGAAAGCAGCUGAUCGUCUGUUACCUGAGGCAAAACUUAAAACUGCUGAAAAAUCCAGAGGUACUUCAGUUAAAUCUGGUGAAGGCCAAGAGUUUGAAGAAGAAAAACCCACAUCUUUAUCAAAUGUAGAAAUUUUACAACAGCCAAAAUCCAACUCUGAGGUGUCUAGUGAAGAUUAUAGGAAAAAAGAAAUUCUAGACUAUUCAGAGGAAAUGGACCUAAACUCAGUAGUUGCUUCUGCUGAUGGUGAGAAACAUCUUGAAAUUCAAUCUUAUCCUCCCAUGGGUGAGAAAUCCAUUGUGGAAGAAGUGCAAAAUGCUGUUCCUCUUCAUAUCACUGAUAGUAAAAGAGCCCAGAAGCCAGAAAUUUCUGAUCCAUCUAAAUGGAAUGUUUCUACUCUUAAGAAGGAGCCAAGAAGUGAUCAAAGAGAAAAAUUACUCUUUUCAUUUGAUGCAGUAGAUAAGGUGCCACAACAGCCAAAAUCAGCUUCAUCUGGCUUCACAAGUAAAAAUAUCACAGAGGAAUCAGAGAAGCCAGAGACAAUAAUUUUGCCAGUAGAAGAAUCUAAAUGCAGUCUAAUUGAUCUGAGUGAAGACAGACUGAAGAAAGAAAUGCUAAAACCUACUUCCUUGAAAACUUCUGAAGAGGAAACAAAACUCAGGCCUGUUAGCCCAACUGAGGAGAAAGGUGACUUGAUAACCAGAUCAUAUUCUGUGGCAGAAAAGAAGGUGCUGGCUGAAAAGCAAGAAACUGUGGCCCCAUUAGAAUUUAGAGAUAAUGAACUAGGGAAGGCACAAACUAUUAAAUUGGAAGAAUCAAAAGCAGUAGCUGUGUUGCAGCAAGUCUCCCAAAAUGAAGAGCACACAGAAAGAUAUACAAUAAUGAAGCAGGAGAAAGAAGAAAAACCAAACCAGUCACAGGUAUUUCCAGACGGAAAGCAGCAGCAAGAAAUACAGCCUUAUUCUGUGAAUGUAGUCAGAUCUAAGCCUGAAGAAUCAGAUAUCUCCUUAAGUCCUCCUUUGGAUGAAACUCAGCCAUUUUCAUUAGUUAAAACUGUAUCAGUUACUGAAAAAUCAGAAACUAUGCUCUUGGAGGGUCGCCCAGAAAUCAGGGAACCAAGGGCAGUAGGAGUUCAACCACAUCCAAGAGAAGAAAGUAAAGUUUUGGUGGAGAAAAUCAAGAUGUUCCUUCCAGCGGAUCUCCCUUAUCAUGAUGAAAAAGAUAACUAUUCUUCACCUAGGGAAGGAAAUCUGAUAGUGGAAAAGUCAAGCAGGGAUAUGGCAAGUCACAAUGAAGAAAAGGGACACGUCACAGUGGCAGAGCCAUCAAAAGGUGGUUCAAUAGAUGCCACAAAAGAAAGUACGAAACAAGGAUCUCCAUCUAAAGAAUCUGAAAGGAUUUUAGAUCAUCAUUUUGAUGAAACAAAGAGCUUAGAAACCCCACCAUAUUUGUUGUCAUCCGUGAAAUCACAAACACUUGUUUCAGGAACAUCUCCAGAAAUUAAUGCAGUGAAGAAACAAGAAAUACCAUGGUCAGAAUUGACUCCAGAUAGGCAUACAGUCCAAACUAUUCAAACAUCUAAAGAUCUAACAUCUGAAAUGUCUAAGCAAUCGGUUCUUGCUUCAAAGCACCAUAUGGAGGUUGUGGAAGAUACCCAUGUAAGUGAACCACACUCUUCAGCAAGCAGCAACUAUGCUCAGUUUAUAAAGAAUGCGUCAGCAAUCAAUGCUGGUAGAAUGGUUCCUCAUAGAGAAAUAUCCAAGGAGCCUGAAGACACAUAUGUAAAAGGGGAAGACUUCACAGUGACUAGUAAGCCAGCUGGACUUUCAGAAGAUCAAAAGAGUGCCUUCAAUAUUAUUUCUGAAGGCUGUGAGAUAUUGAAUAUUCAUGCUUCUGCAUUUAUUUCUUCAGUUGAUCAGGAAGAAAGUGAACAAAUGCAAGAUAAGUUGGAAUAUUUGGAAGAGAAGGCUUCAUUUAGAACUAUAUCCCUUCAUGACAGUAGUGAGGCUGUUCCUUGCCAUAAAACAUUAAAGAGUGAGUUAGAAGAUUCCGAUCAGGUUAUAUCACUGCAAGAAAAUAAACGAAAGGAAUCUCUUAACACAAAACGGGAGGUACCCACAGAUUCAGAAACUGAUGAUUUCACCUUUAAUCAGCCCACAGCUCCCAGUGAUGAAGAUUAUUUUGAAAAAUAUACAUUGAUUGAUUAUAACAUCUCCCCAGAUCCAGAAAAACAAAAAGCCCCAUGGAAAUUAAAUGUUGAAGUGGAACUCCCAAAGGAAGUUACACAAGAUACUGUCUCUUUCCCAGAAAGAUCAGAGGAAGGUGCCCUGGAACAUGAAUAUGACUUGGUGAAGUUAGACGAAAGCUUCUAUGGGAUGGAGAAGGAUUACAGCAAAUCAUCUCACCCAGAGACCCAGAAGCCUUUGGGUAUUCAGCAAUCAGCUGACAGAGAUGCUUCAAAGAACAUAAAUAGAGAUGUGGACUUAAAGUCACCUGGGAUGCCUUUAUUUGGUGCAGAAGAAGGAGUUUUGUCACCAACCCAGAUCUUUCCUACCACCACUAAAGCCAUUAAUCCUGAACUUCUGGAGGAGCCACCUGCACUUGCAUUUUUAUACAAGGAUCUGUAUGAAGAAGCAGUUGGAGAGAAAAAGAAGGAAGGGGAGACAGCUUCUGAAGGUGACAGUGUGAAUUCUGAGGCAUCAUUUCCAAGCAGGAAUUCUGACACUGAUGAUGGAACAGGAAUAUAUUUUGAGAAGUACAUACUCAAAGAUGACAUUCUCCAUGGCACAUCUGUAUCUCAAAAGGACCAAGGCCAAGGCCUGGAAGAAAAAGGAGUUGGUAAGGAUGAUUCAUACAAACUGAUAGCUGCAGAAGGGGAAAUUUGGGGGAGGUUUGGAACCGUUUUGGGGGAGAAGAGUCUGGAAGAGGAACAGAAAGCUACUUACAGGGAAGAAGAAUCAGUUUGCCAUGUGGAGACCCUUGACAUUGAAGCUAUGCAGGGGAAAGCUCCCAUCACUGAGGAAGUCACUGUGGUUACCCAGAAGGUAAGCUAUGCGGUUCCAUUUGAAGACACCCAUCAUGUCCUGGAGAGAGCAGAUGAAACGAACAGUCAGAAUAAUGAAGCAGCAAGUGCAAGUCCAGAAGUCAAUCUGAACGUCCCAGUACAAGUGUCCUUCCCAGAGGAAGAAUUUGCAUCUGGUGUAACUUGUGUUCAAGAAACACUGCAAGAAGAAUCUAAAAUAAUGGUCCCAUCUGAGCCAAGUGAAGACAGACUCCGCAGUAGCCCCGUUCAGGAUGAGUAUGAAUUUGCUGAAUCCCUGAAUUAUGAAAUGGUUGCUCAGGACACUUUAUCAGAGGAACUGUAUUCAGAAUCCACACCAGAAGACGUGUUAUCUCAAGGAAAGGAAUCCUUUGAACAUGUCAGUGAAAAUGAAUUUGUGAGUGAGGUGGAACAAAGUAUGUCUGUUGAACAGAAAGAGUUGGGUGGAGAGAAAGCAGAACAGGAACAAUUAUUGUCAGAGUCAGCAACUGAGAAGGAACAAAAGGAACCGAAAAAGUCCCAGAUCGACACAUACUGUUACACUUGCAGAAACCCAAUUUCUGCUGUUGAUCAGAUGUUUGGCAUGCACAAAGACCAUGAGGUUGCAACGCUAGAUACAGCUAUAAAUGCUGUAAAGGUCCAAUUAGCAGAAUUUCUUGACAAUUUACAAGAAAAGUCCUUGAGGAUUGAAGCCUUUGUUAGUGAGAUAGAAUCUUUUUUUAAUACCAUCGAGGAAAACUGUAGUAAAAACGAGAAAAAGCUAGAGGAACAGAAUGAGGAGAUGAUGAAGAAGGUUUUAGCACAGUAUGAUGAGAAGACCCAGAGCUUUGAGGAAGUGAAGAAAAGGAAGAUGGAGUUCCUGCAUGACCAGAUGGUCCGCUUUCUGCAGAGCAUGGACACGGCCAAGGACACCUUGGAGAGCAUUGUGAGGGAAGCAGAGGAGCUUGAUGAGACCGUUUUCCUGACUUCGUUUGAGGAAAUCAAUGAAAGGUUGCUUUCUGCAAUGGAGAGCACUGCUUCUUUAGAGAAAAUGCCUGCUGCGUUUUCACUUUUUGAACAUUAUGAUGACAGCUCAGCAAGAAGUGACCAGAUGUUAAAACAAGUGGCUGUUCCCCAGCCUCCUAGAUUAGAACCUCAGGAACCCAAUUCUGCCACCAGCACCACAAUUGCCGUUUAUUGGAGCAUGAACAAGGAAGAUGUCAUUGACUCAUUCCAGGUGUACUGCAUGGAGGAGCCCCAGGAUGACCAAGAAGUAAACGACUUGGUAGAAGAAUACAGGUUGACAGUGAAAGAAAGCUACUGCAUUUUUGAAGAUCUGGAACCUGACCGAUGUUAUCAAGUGUGGGUCAUGGCCGUGAACUUCACUGGAUGUAGCCUGCCCAGCGAAAGGGCAAUUUUUAGAACAGCACCCUCCACCCCUGUAAUCCGUGCCGAGGACUGUACAGUGUGUUGGAACAUGGCCACCAUCCGAUGGCGGCCUGCCAACCCAGAGGCCACUGAGACCUAUACUCUGGAGUAUUGUAGACAGCACUCUCCAGAGGGUGAGGGACUCAGAUCAUUCUCUGGAAUUAAAGGACUCCAGCUGAAAGUUAACCUCCAACCCAAUGACAAUUACUUUUUCUACGUGAGAGCCAUCAAUGCAUUUGGGGCAAGCGAGCAGAGUGAAGCCGCUCUCAUUUCCACCAGAGGAACCCGAUUUCUUCUGUUGAGAGAAACAGCUCAUCCUGCUCUCCAGAUUUCCUCAGAUGGGACAGUGAUCAGCUUCACCGAGAGGAGACGAUUGACAGAAAUCCCAUCUGUGCUGGGUGAGGAGCUGCCUGCUUGUGGCCAGCAUUACUGGGAAACCACGGUCACAGACUGCCCAGCUUACCGACUUGGCAUCUGCUCCCACUCAGCGGUACAGGCUGGGACCCUGGGACACGGCGAGACUUCGUGGUACAUGCACUGUUCUGGGCCACAGAGAUACACGUUCUUCUACAGUGGCAUCGUGAGCGAUGUCCAUGUGACCGAGCGUCCCGCCAGGGUGGGCAUUCUGCUGGACUACAACAACCAGAGGCUUCUCUUCAUUAAUGCUGAAAGUGGACAGUUGCUCUUCAUCAUUAGGCACAGGUUCAAUGAGGGCGUUCACCCCGCCUUUGCCCUGGAGAAACCCGGAAAAUGUACUUUGCACCUGGGGAUUGAGCCCCCAGAUUCCACAAGGCACAAGUGAUCAUGGGCUUUCAGAGUUUGCCAAGGCAAUCAAUCACAUUUUGGGGGUCUGUGGGUUCUUGCCCUUGGGUGCUAUGUAUUAUUCAAAAUGUCUCCCACACACUCGCACUAAUGAUUGCUGCACGCAUAGCGCUCAGCACGUGAACAAAACCACCAGGAAACCUUGACUUUCUAGGUAGCGUGUGAGUAAAGAGGACGGAGAAAACAGCCUCCGCCAUUUGCUUCCUGGAUGUUUGAGUGCUUCCCUAAAUUGAACGGAUUUAUACCUGACUUGGGAACCAAAGCGGAGAAGUGGUCUUCCAUCUGUUGUAGUGGCAAAAGACAUCCUCGGAUGGUCAGGUCUGGACAAGCGAAGGUUGUGGUAGUCCUACAUUUCUGACAAGAAUCAAAGGCUUUUACCCUGAAAUAGAGGUCACCUCACUCCACUACAGGACGAUGUUUUCUAAUCACUAGAGAAGGCAUUUUAACUGUUCUAAGUUGAUAACAAACUCUUUUGUAUUAAUAUGUACUGUAGAACACAGGUCUUUUUCUCCCCUGAAAUUUUAAAUGUAGACAAGUGCUAGGUGUUAGAAAUGUCCAUUUUGUUAAAUAAAUGCUUACAGUCUGUAAAAUAAAACACGUUAUAUGAACUUA